GCCUCCACUGCAGCUCCUAAGGAGAGCAAGGGUAGCGCAGGAUUUUUCUCGCAGAUAUAUUCAGAACUGACUCACUUUUAUAAUGACGAUGAGCUUGAAGAUGGUGACUCUGAGACUUCAUCUGAUGCAGAGGAGGCUGAGGAUGGGGAAUCAGAGGACACUGAACAAGAAGAAAAAAAUGAGAAGAAAAUCAGUGAUAGUGAUGAGGAAACAACAUCAAGAGAGGAGAUCAAAAAUGGUGAAUCAGUAGAUAAUAAAGACGAUCAGACGAAGGAGGAGCAAAGUGAUAAUGCUGAUGAUGAAACAACAUCUGAAAAGGUAGAGGCCAUAUAUGGCGAAUCAGCAGACAGUGAAAAAGAGCAAAAAAUGGAAGAAAAAAUAUAUAAUGCUGAUGAUGAAACACCAUCUAGGGAGGAGGAGGAGGAGGCCCAAGAUGGUGAACCAAGAAAAAACAUAAAAGAGGAGAAAAAGGAAGAAAAAACACAUAAUGCCAAUAAGGAAACACCAUCUAGGGAGGAGGACUUAGAUGGUGAAUCAGAAAAAAAUAUAAAAGAAGAUAAAAAUGAACAAAAAAAUGAGAAUGUUGUUGACGAGGCGGUUGAUAAGGAGAAUGUAAAGAGCCAGUCUGAAUCUAGAUUGAAGCCAGAUGACUCCGAAGAUACCUUUCCUAGACCUUCCGAGGAAGAAACUUUAGGGAAGGAGAUUGAUGUUGGAGAGGAUAAACAGAAGAUCCAGCCUGAAUCUAAAUUUAAGCUUGACUAUUCUGAGGAUGUUAUUUCUAAACCUUCCAGUGAGGAAACUAUGGAAGAGGAUUUUGAUAGCAGAAAGGAAAAUCAACAGAAUUUGUUGAACAAACAGUUUGAGUCUGCUCAAGAUCCAUCUUUGGAAACAGCUGAUGCUGUAACCUCUGAAAGUGAAAAACCUGAAAUUCUUGUGGACCAGAAAGGACUAGAAACUGAGAACUCUGAAGAAUGUGGCAAGGGUGAAGAACAUACACAGCAAGAACCAGAAAAUGGAAGCCCUGUAUUGGAGAAAAAUGACAAGAAAAGUGGAGGAAUGAUAAUUAAAAAUGGUUUGCUCAUACUUUCUGAUAAAGAGUUGGAGUACUUCCGAGUUAAAAGUAAAGAAAUGAAAGAAAGAAACAGUGCUGAUUCAAGGAAAACAGAGGAAUUCAUUGAGAAGCCACAGAGAGAGUCAUUGUUAGAAAAGGAAAAGAGAACUGGUGAAGAGAAAGAAAAGAGAAUGGAGGAAGAGGAGGAUAAGAGUCACCAAAAAGUCCCAGCAGAUUCUCCAAAGGAAGAUCAAAGCCAAGAGGAGUUUGCCAGGAAGAUAAGACUUGAUUCCUUGAAAGAGCAGCGCAAACAGGUGGAAGCAAAUGAGAAGAAAGAAGACAAGAGGCAAAUGAGGAAGAAAGUUGAAAAGGAAAGACAAGACUAUUUUAAGAAAGAAAAUGGAGUCAAAAGAAAAGAGAACGAUGCAAAGAAGGAGGAUUUUCAGCAUGAAAAGGUUCAAAGGAAGCAAAAACCCCAGAAAGAUGUGGCUGAACCUUCUCAGGAAAAUGGAAAACAAAGAAUGAAGCAUGAUGAAGAAGAAGAGCACAGAAAACUCAAGGGUGCAUUUGACAAAACGUUAGCUGAAGAAGCUGCUCUGAAGAAAAAACUGGAACAAUUAAGUGAAGAAAGGAAAAAGUUUGAGAAAAUGGCAGCAGAGUAUUCUCACAGCAAGCAGCAAAGACAAGCCAAGAAAAAAGAGGAAAAACCAUCUGUUAGUCAAGCUCCAAAAGUUGAGUCCAGAACAUCUGGAACUGUAUCAACUGGUGAAGGAAAAUCAGGAACGCAUACACACGAUAGAAGACCUCAGAGCACCAGGCAAACUCCAAAAAUCCAAAGAACUCAGUUACCUCCUACAAAAGCCACAACCAGAAAUGAGGAAAGAACAGCUUCACAGUCCACUGAUGCUGCCUACCUUACAACUAGAAGUGGGACCACUAACACUUUGGGUGUGUCUGGUACAGACACUGGUACCACAGGGGAUAGGAAGGGUACAGUUGCUCUAGGAACAUCCAGUAGUGUUGGUAGGGAGGCAGUUGAAACCAAGAAAGAAUCAACUCCACUUGAGCCUGUCCAGAGAUCAGUAACAGAUGAUGGGGUGCAUGUUCACGGUGACACCAAAGUGGAGUCUCGUCACACCGCAGAGGCAACAGGAUCAGCUUCAGAAGCAACAAAACAUGAGAGUGAUCAUUCAAGUGCUGCACAACUGGACCAACUGGAAGAUCAAAUCCCUACAGAUGAUGUCAACUGUGAUGAUGGCUUCUGUCAUUUAAAACCAGAAGUGAUUUCACUGGCCUCUCGUUUCCAGCAAGUGAAAAAGAAAUCUACAGUUGGUUUGGUGGAACCUCCAUUGAAAGAGAAUGCUUCAGAAGCCAAAGAUACACCCAGUGGAUUUGCAAACUUCAUGAAAGGGUUCCGCAAUUUCCAUGAGGUGUCACUACAGCUCAUCCUCUCAUAUUGGCCUUCUGUGAAAAAUGCAACCAAAAACUUGCUGUCCUGUGUAGGAUUAGACCAGGCAUUUGAGCAGCUUUGUAAGGAUCUAGCGGAUGUUCACCCUGCUGUCCUGUUAUCAACAGUUCUGUUUGGUACAUUGGGUUUCCUGUACUUCUUCUGGUCUAUUACGUUUGGAAGGAUGCGAUAUGGUGCCCUUGGACCUAAUCCUCGUGAUGUGCUAAAAAGUCACGAAGCACGGGUACGCAUCUUGGAAGGGGAGAUGGAGUCAUUGAUAGCAGAAAGGCUUAAAAUGGAGAUGGACCGAAAUAAUUAUCAUAAAGAGAAAUGCAUUGCAGAGGAUGAAUCACGUAACCAUCUCGCUACCACUGAAAACCUUACCAAGGCUGUGGAGAAAUUGAAGAACGAAAGGCAAGAGUUCCAGGCACAGAUAAAAAGAAUGGAGGAAAGUCUUAAUGAAAUGGUAACUGUUGACAAGGAGAAAGAUGAUCAAAUUGCCAGCCGUGAAAAAACGAUUGCAAACUUGAAUACUAAAAUUGGAACACUUGAAGAUGAAAUUGUCAAGUUGAAUGAUCAUUGCGAUAAACUACAGAUGGGAAAAGAGGCAGAUAAAGAGCAUAUUGGAAAACUGAAUGAGAAGAUUGAACAAGGCAAUAAUGAGAUCCAAAAGCUUGAAACUUUUCUGGCAGACACUGAGGAAAAGAAACAAAAGCUUCACACGGAGUUUGAUGAACUGUCUCUACAGCUGUCUGACCUCCAAAAGCAAUAUGAAUUUAAAUGUAAUGAGGUUGAGAUAUUGAAGGAUUGUUUCAAGCAAGUCAAAUUACAAGAUGACGAAGAAGAGCCUGGUGAGGAGGAAAUGGCUGAAAGGCUACAAAACUUAAUGAAAGUUCAUGAAGUAAAGGAAGAAAAUAACCAAUUGCAGGAAAAAGUUGAGGAAAUGGAAGCGGAAGCUGAAAAGCUAAGAAAGACAAACAAGAUGUUGGAAGAGGACAAUGUCGAGAAAACAGAGAGAGCUGAGCAGGCCGAGAGUAAGGCCAGCCAGGCCAUGCUAACACAGCGAGAAAAGGAAAUCGAAUUGGAGGCACUGCAAAAGUAUUUCAAAUCAACCGAAGUAGAGUUACAUAGAAAAAUCACAGCUGAGGAAUCAACCCGAAUUUCUAUCGAGAAUCAACUGCAAUCAGAACAGGCGAAAGCUUCCACAGCUGUAGUAGAUGCGGAUAAGUACAGGCAGCUUUAUUUAGACAUCAAGAAGCAGAUUGAAGAAAUCGACGAAAGCAAGAAAGAGCAGUUAUCAAACAUGGAGAAGAAAGCUCAUCAAAACUGGCUUGAUUACAGAGCUGCUGUACGAGAAGUCGACGGGCUCAAAGAUGAGAAUGAAAUCCUCAGAAGGAAACUGUAUGACGUGGAGGUCAGAGGAAGCCGUUCAAGUUCUUCAGCGAGCAAAGUUGAUGGUCGAGAUUCUCCCUCACGAAUGAGUCCUAUGUCUGGGGUUCCUAGUCAUGGUAGCCCUGUUCCAUUUGGUGCUCCUCCAAUGAUGGGACCUCUCCCUCCUCCGCCUCCUUCAUCAAUGUUUCCUGGCCAACGAAGACCGCAUCCCGCAGAAAUCCUUGGGAUGACACCCCCUCGACCACCCUUCCCUCCUCCAGGCCCUGCAACCAGAGGCCAUGCUACGCCUCCUCCAACAACAACAACAGCUGCUUCCACUGCUCAGUCCUCUUUAAAACCCGCUGAUAGCGUAAAUUCCUUUGGCCAAGACAACGCAGAUGGAUCAUCUCAGCCCCUUCCUCCCCCUGGCCCCAUGUCUGGGUUUGGCCCUCCUCCUCCUCCAAUCCCUCCGAUUAUGCGGAUGCCAAGAUUUCCGCCUCCACCCAUGAUGCAUCAUUCUCUGCCAAAUGGACCUCUUCCUCCUCCAAUGUUCUUACCUCGACCUGGUGGACCUAUGCCUCCUCCUCCUCCACAAGGCACCAGGCCCCAAGCAAGUUCUACUCCUCGCCGUUCAUGAAGUCUGACACCAAAAUUAUUCUUUGAAACAAUUGUUUUCUUUUUUUAUAUUCAGUGCUCACAUCUGUGGGAAACUAAUAUUUCAAUGAGCACUAUAACCACUUAACUCAUCAGACAGAAUGAAAUUUGAAAAUUGUCUUCAGUGAGAUAUCGGAAGAGUAUGACAGAUUAUUUAAAAAGUAAAUUUUUAAUGUUUUGCAGAGAUGUCGGAUUCUGUAAGCCGAAAUAAAGAAUCAAACUACUUUAUCGUUUAAA